AUGGAACGUGGAUCAGUUCAUGGUCUAAUAAAUGACCAAAAUAAAAUCCAUACUCAGAUAAAGAAAACCAAUCCCAUAAAUAAGAGAUUUCUUUUUGAUUCCACAGUCAGUUCAUGGACUACUACUGCAACAUGCACACUGUAUGGAUCCUUCAACACUGGUUCUUCAGAUUCAUUCCAAGCCAAUAGCUCUGCUCCAAAGUUUCUGAUCAACUAUGCUGAUGGGUCUGAAGCAUGGGGGGUUUGGGGAAGAGAUACCGUCAGUAUUGGAGAUAUUAAUAUCGGCGAUAUGUCAUUUGCUAUCGGCCAACAUUCCACUUCUGAAAUUGGGGUAUGUGGUAUUGGGUUGCCAGGUUUGCAAUCAACUGCUGCUAAGGGGUAUGAGUACCUAAACUUACCAGCCAAGAUGUUGGCCGAUGGUAUCAUUCAAAAGAAUGCAUACUCCAUCUUUUUGAAUAGUUCAAAGGGAACACAAGGCUCUGUGCUCUUUGGUGGAGUUGACCGUUCCAAAUAUAAAGGUGAUUUGGUAACGCUCCCUAUGGUCAAUACAUACUUCACAGGUAAGCAAGUCAGAUCAACUAUUGCCCUUAAAGACAUCACUCUUGCAGUUGGAAGAAAAAAAGUCAAAGUAACAGAUGGUAGUUAUGGAGUUCUAUUGGAUACAGGUGCCACGUAUACUUAUGUUUCCGAGAGUGUAUUCCAUAGUAUUGGAAAGAGCUUAAUGGGUAAAUAUGAUUCUUCCUUAAAUGCUUAUCUUGUUAAUUGUCCUGGGAAGGAUGCUGGAACUAUUAAUUUUGAUUUCAAUGGUAUAACUAUUGAUAUACCUUUGGGUGAUUUAACUACUAGCUUCGCUGAAGACAUUUGUAUGUUGACUAUCUUUCCAAAGAUGGGCAGCAAUUACUUUACAUUGGGAAACAACUUUUUAAGAUACACAUAUGUUGUUUUCGACCUCGAAGACCUCGAAAUCUCAUUGGCAAAGGCUAAUUAUGGAGGGAACCCAGAUAUUGUUGAAAUUUCAAGGUACAUUCCAGGUGCAGCAAAAGCUGUAGGCUAUCUGAGCACUUCAAUUGCUAGUUCAUUUGGUACGGGUACCAUUGUUCAAACCUUGAAGUAUGCUACAGCAAGCGGUUCCAUUGCCAGUAGUGAGAUAAGUGGAGAAUCCACUAGGAGUAGUAGUAGCACCAGCAACAGUAUGCUAUCAACAAGUACAUCAGUAAGUGCAAAGGUACUGUCACUGUCUACAGCUGAUGCAGGGAAUGGAGCAGGGUUACAAGGGAUACUAGGGUUAUUGUUUGGUGUGCUAUUGAACAUUUUUGUGUAG